AUGCCUACCGCGAAGCGAACCAGAGGCGCUGCCGGACGAGCUGCAGCUGCACGCGAGCCGCCAAAAGACACGACAGACGGCCGUCCGACCCCGGCGGAGGUGGAGGAGCAGGAGCAUCAGUUUGUGCAGGUCGCGCGGCAGCAUUGGCUCAAGCCGAGCAAGAAGACGGCAAAGGUCAAGGUCAAGAACGACGUCGUCAAGCAGGGCAUCUGGGAUGUGCUGGAGCAGGACGGGUUCUCGUAUAAGCUGCUGCUGCUGCUGGAGAGCUUGCAGACGCUGGAGAGCUAUCUGUGGCCCGGAUAUUCUGAGCAGGCAUCCAACUAUCAUGUCCUGAUACUGGCGUUGAUAUGCAACGUCAAGAGGCGAGAGCACCUCGAAACAUGGAAAAUUUUCGAGGAGAGACCCGACGACUUCUCGUCAUUGUUCCGCCGCAUCCUGUCCAUGACGCUCGAUCGAACACUGUCGACAAACCUGCGAACGCACCUCCUCUGCUUCCUCAUCCACGCCUUUCAGAGCCUAGACUGCAGCAUUGUCAGAAAAGAGUGCGCCCCUCUGGUGUCGAUUGGCAUUUGGCACAACCUCUCCACCGAAAAGCGUCAAGAGGCUCAUCUUGAUUCUACGCCGCACCUGAGGAAGGCUUGGAGAGCUGCUCAGAAGCGCUACGAUGCCGCAGACGAAGCCACCAAGGCACGGCUACGGUUCGAGCGUUCAUGGCUCUAUACCAUGGUCCUGGACUUUAUCAAUCAGCUGUACGAUGAAAGCAAAUCAGACCAGACGCUCCUCUACUGCGAACGAUUCACAGAGUUCAUUUGCGAUUUGCAAAGCCAGCUGCCAACGCGACGCUACGUCAAUGCGUUGGUUCAAGACCUACAUCUUACCCCUUUGAUGAGGCUUUCUCCUCUAUAUAAUGAUGCCGGAAGCGCUCUGUUGCGUGAUCUCCACGCGCUUCUCUCUCACUACACAUUCUUUGCCAUCGAUGACCAGAGUGGUAUACAGCUGAGUCGGACAGAGGCCUUUGACCGGCAUUGCGCGCUGCUAGGCAAGCUUCAGCGAAUAGCUCUGAAGCAUUUCAAAGACAAGCUCACCAUUCUGGCUCUAUCAAACUACGGCUCCAUCGACAAGCGAGAAGACCUUGCGUCACAUCUCGACCCUCUCACCGAUGACGAGCUGCUGAACCUGGUCAACCUCUUGGAUCUCAGGUCUACAUACCCCGAGGGCCUGAAUCUGACCAUCGAUCGCAAGUUCCUCAUCGAGUUCCUCCUCUCGACCUUUGAGCGGAAGAAGACGUUCCAGGAGACAGCCCAGAGAGUAGGCAUCGUCCCGACUGAGGAUUCAUUGUUUGACGACACCUUUCAGCGUGCGGAUUCAUACGACGGUUCGCGCCCACUGGCGCUCCCGAAGCUCAACCUGCAGUAUCUAUCGGUUGGCGAUUUCCUCUGGAGAGCGCUGGUGCUAUAUCGCUGCGAAUCCUUUUACGGAAUCCGCAAAGAUAUUGAGGCCGCGUUGCGUCGCCUCCGACCGGAAAGCAGGCGGCCUGGUGAAACCCAUUUUGCAGGCUUCUCGAAGAUGGCUAUGCCUAUUGCCAAGCCAACGAUACUGGAAGUCGUCCCAGCCCUCGUUGGAGACGAUAAGCCAUCCAUGGUCCGGGCGGAGGUGUCGUUCGACGCUCGACGGUUAGGAGACAAUGUGCGCAGAGAAUGGGACACGCUUCGACCGGGCGAUGUUGUCUUUCUGUUGGCUGUUCAGAACCCUACAUCUGGCCAAGCAGCCACAAACGGAAGCAGGCAACCUCAGUCAGAGGCUGAAAAGGCCGGUGUGCUGGUGGUGCGGACUGCCGAAGUGCUCCAGGUUACAGACGAUAGAGGCCGCCACGCCAGGGAAAAGGGCGAGCAUCUCGACCAGAAGCGGCGCAUCCUGCUGAAACUGGACUCGGCGUCGUAUGCCCAAGACGCUGAAGAGGCAGCUGCCGGCAAGCCCGAUGUCUAUGCGGGCAUUAACCUGCUCCUGAGACGAAACAAGAGAGAAAACAACUUCAAGCCGGUAUUGGAAGCCAUUCGUACCCUUCUUCUGUCGGAUAUGCCACUGCCAUCGUGGCUUCAUGAAGUGUUUUUGGGCUACGGUGACCCGGCCGGCGCACAUUACAAGAACUUGCCCAACAGGCUUAAGACCAUCGACUACAGGGAUACCUUUCUCGGCUGGCAGCAUCUAGUCGAAAGCUUACCUGGGAAGACGGUCGAGCCUGACGAUGAUGUUACCGGUAGUUUCGGGCCGCCAUAUGUCCUGGAAGCUGUCGACAGAGCAGAGGAACCCCGAGGUGGGAAGCCAUCCAAGAAGCGGCGGCGCGAUGCAGAACCAGCGCUGCUCUCAGAGGUAGAGGCCUUCAAGGUUUCUACCUACAAGCCUCUUAACAAUGGGCCGUACCCCAUCGACGCACCCAGGCUGAACACGGUGCGAUUUACGCCGGCUCAGGUCGAGGCCAUCAUGUCUGGAACCCAGGUUGGGCUGACUGUCAUUGUCGGGCCCCCGGGCACAGGCAAGACGGACGUUGCCACACAGAUCAUCAACAACAUCUAUCACAAUUUUCCCGAGCAAAAGACAUUGCUCAUCGCCCACAGCAACCAGGCCCUCAACCAACUGUUUGCCAAGAUCGUUGCGCUCGACAUCGACGAGAGGCACUUGCUGCGGCUUGGACAUGGCGAGGAAGAGCUAGACACAGAAGGUAGCUUCAGCAAGUACGGCCGCGUCGAGUCGUUUUUGGACAACCGCGACAGGUUCUUGUUUGAAGUGAAGAAGCUCGCAGCAAGCUUGGGAGCCCCCGGCGCACACGAGAACUCGGCCGAGACUGCAGGCUACUUCAACGUUGCCUACGUCGAGCCAGCCUGGGCCAAGUUCCUCAAGAUUGCAGAAUCCGACUCGUCCAGCGCAUCUGACAUUGUGCAAAACUUUCCCUUCCAUGCCUACUUCUCCGACGCUCCUCAGCCCCUAUUCCCACCAGAGGCAGACCGGGCGCAAGUCCUGGACAUUGCGCAAGGCUGUUACCGCCACAUCUCUAAGAUCUUUUCGGAGCUGGCCGACAUCCGGCCCUUUGAGAUCUUGCGACGCGAAAAGGACAAGGCCAACUAUCUGCUCACCAACGAAGCCCGCGUUGUUGCAAUGACAACGACACAUGCGGCCAUGAGAAGGGGUGAGAUUGCCGCACUCGGCUUCCACUACGACAACGUCGUCAUGGAGGAAGCAGCGCAAAUCACCGAGAUUGAAACGUUCAUUCCCCUGGCGAUGCAAAAGCCCAUCAACGGCCAACUGCCGCUGCAGCGAGUGGUGCUGUGUGGCGACCACUUCCAGAACUCGCCGGUUAUCCAGAGCUUGGCGUUCCGCCACUAUGCCAACCUGGAGCAGUCGCUCUUCUCACGGCUUGUUCGGCUGGGUGUGCCGACGGUUACUCUGGAUCAGCAAGGCCGUGCUCGACCAUCCAUUGCCAAGCUAUACGCAUGGCGUUAUCCCAAGCUCGACAAUCUCCCCGACGUCCUGACCAACCCCGAGUUCUUGCGGGCAAAUGCCGGCUUCAAGUACGACUUCCAGUUCAUCAACGUUCCCAACUACAAGGGUCGCGGUGAGACGGAGCCGACGCCGCACUUCAUCCAGAACCUGGGCGAGGCUGAAUACGCGGUAGCCAUCUACCAAUACAUGCGACUUCUCGGAUACCCGGCGGAGAAGAUUAGCAUACUGACGACAUACGCGGGUCAGAGGGCUCUGGUGAAGGAUGUGCUCGCUCACCGAUGCGCAUCGAGCCCCAUCUUCGGUCUUCCCAAGGCUGUUGCUACAGUCGACAAGUACCAGGGAGAGCAAAAUGACUACAUUAUCCUCUCUCUGACUCGCACGUCGCGCGUAGGCUACCUUCGCGAUGUCCGUCGCAUGACAGUGGCCUUUUCUCGAGCGAGGCUGGGACUCUACGUGCUCGGACGCCGGGAAGUGUUUGAAGCCUGUCCCGAGCUCCGACCAGCGUUUGACGUACUGUUGCAGCGACCGGACAAGCUGAUGCUGGUAACGGGCGAGCUGUGGCCAACCGAGCGACCAAGCACGGAAGAGGAGGCCCCCGUCGAGGGCGAAGUCGCCAUGGAGGGCGUUGAACACAUAGGACAGUACGUGUACGAGAUGUCGAUGACCAAGAUGAAGCAGCUGCAGGAGGAGCAAGGCGUGCCCAUGGACGCUACACUUGAUGAGACCGAGGAAGAGCUACAAGCGAGAUACUACGAUGAGGAUGAGGAGAAGGCUUUGGAGCCGGAUAUUCUGGAGGUUCGAGAGGGAGAGGCGAAUUAG